UACCGGUCUUCGUGCAAUGGAGAAAUGAGGGCGCCUUCACUGCUUCAGGCUUCACUCAACUUCAAGCCUCAAGGUUGACAGGCUUCAGAAAAUAUAGAAGGAUUACAAUUCCAAGAAUUUUCUUUGGGGCCGCAUUUGGGGAGACGAGCUACGGGGCAUUCUUACAUCGGGGGGAACAAGCAUGAAUGUGGGUCAGGGUAAACGAGCACAGCCUUCGGCAAGGACGGAAGCCGCCGGCUCAUUCAGCAUCUCCUGUCUAGGUUCUGACCUGCUCAGCAAGGUUUUCAUCAAGCUAGGCUCCAGCCCCAAAGAUCUGGCAGCCGUGUCUGUCAUCUGCAAAGAUUGGAGGACCAUUACAGAGACAAUCACCUGGAGGGACCUGUGCUUCCGGUCCGCUGGCGGCCUGUGUGAAGAGCUUGGGUAUGGAGACCAUGGACUUCCUCCAGGGGGCUGGCGGGGGCUGUUCAAAUUGAUAACUUAUUGCCCAGGGCUGCACCCCAGCCUGACAGAGGAACUCAAGCAGACUCUGAUUCAGUUCCGCAUCUCAAAUCUGGGACAUGUAGAAUGGAGUCCAAAAGGAUUUUGGACAGGUCCAAGUGUGAUGAAGGUUUUGCAAUUCAAGGAGCACUUUCAAAGUGACCAGGUCUUUGUUUCGGUGCGGUGUGCGCAUGACGCUGCUGGCAUUUUCAACGCCGAGGUUGAGUUCCGGGAGUAUGGGUGCAGGGGGAUCAUCAAAGACUUUGCAUCUUCCAGAAUCCGCGCUGCACUUAGCGAGGUGAAUGCUUUUGGGGGAGAUGCUGUAGGUGCAGGCUUGCCCAGCCGCUGUCCGUAUUGCCAGGGUGCGACGGCUGUGCUUGAUGCGGCCAAGUUCUUCAAAGUCCCCACCUCGUACAAGUCCGUUCUCAAAUACAUUGAUCGCCAGUACAAUGACUUCGACGAACUGCUGGGGACCUGGCCAUGUCAAGUGUCCAGCACGGACUCGUCGGACGACGAAGAGGUGGACGAUUGGGGGGAUCCAAUCGACUACCACAGCGUCAAGAUAGUGAGGGAGGAGGUAGAGGAGCUAGAAGACGCCUACACAUUUGGGCGUGUCUGUGAAGGGGGACACCUUCUCCUUGCUUUUGUAUCAAUUGAGGGGGUUGAGGAGGAGUGGGACGGCGCUUGUGCCCAUGGCACUGGGGAGAACUUGGCCAUUGAAGCGUUUCCACUCAUCCGUAUGUUGUACGGCCACCUUGUCGUCAAGGAACGGAGCAUCAAACGGGGGUUCAAGGCUGUUGCUGGCUUGGUAGAGACGGAUGUGUUUGCUGCCGCUUCGAGGGCUGCUGCACUUGCUCAAUCCUGGAGUCGAACCACUGAAGCUCAAGCUGUGCCUAUGCAGCGCUCGGUCCUUCAAGAGCUUGAUGAGAUGACAAAGUUCGCUUCAGACGGCACACGAAAGGUGUAA